AUGGUCUCAACAUCUACCAGGUGUUCUAAGCAUCUCCUACACAUAUGGUCUCAACAUCUACCAGGUGUUCUAAGCAUCUCCUACACAUAUGGUCUCAACAUCUACCAGGUGUUCUAUGCAUCUCCUACACAUAUGGUCUCAACAUCUGCCAGGUGUUCUAAGCAUCUCCUACACAUAUGGUCUCAACAUCUGCCAGGUGUUCUAAGCAUCUCCUACACAUAUGGUCUCAACAUCUACCAGGUGUUCUAA